AUGUUCACACUCGGCACGCUCAGCGGCAGUGCGAUUCGCAUCAUCCAAGCGGAAAACGAAGCCGACUGCGAAGCGCUGGCAGCCGAAGUGCAGCGCCUAUGGCAGACACUCCCGCGUCCCAUCUACGCCUACAACCGCAAGUUCGUGAGCGGAUGGCUUAGCGACGCCCUCGGCGCCGAAGCCAACAUAGACCAUGACAGUAUGGACGCAUGGAAGGCUGUCGCGGAUCAGCAGGCACUCAAAUGGCCCCGCCUGCGCGAACUAAUUCGACCGCCUGUCUUCUACUACCGUUGGGGCAUAGCCGACUACGACCGCGAGCGCGACCUCGGCACUAUGCGCCGGGCCAUGCGCCGCGCAAAAUCAGCCAACGAGGUCAUUUCACGCGAAGCCCUCGGCGGCGCUCCCCACAUCUGGUGGCAGCAGCACAUCCAAAUGCUCGACGACCCUGAAAUCAGCCGUCAGAUCACCAACCCGCCGACUGACCCCGCCGAACAAUCGGUCAAUCUCUACCGUCUCCCCAACGGCAACUGGACAACCAACCGACUUGCCGCCAUCAUCUGCCACAACAUGAUGGACCUCCAAUCUCAGGCAUCCCUGCUUCUAUGGCAGUGGAACCUCACAUCCCCCUGGCUAUAA